AUGACCAGAAUGCUAAACACACAUUGGCUUGCAAAUGCUGGCAACUUCUUCAUGCUUUUACUUGUUGCCAGUGCUAUAAGCAGCCUUUCAUCCGAGGAAAUGAGCGACAGAUGCAAUAGAGAAAAGGGUUAGUAGCAACUGCAUUUUUGUUUACAAAUCUAAAUUUACACACUUGAUCCACAAAUCAAGUCUUUAUAAUGAAGUCAUUGAUUGAGUUAUCGUUAUGAUUGAUUAAGGUUACCUCGAGGACCACGCAUUUAAUUUUCUUAAACUUUUCCGUCUAGUGAUACCUGAAGUGGAUAUCUUCUCAAGUCCGCCAAACCGCACAUUAACAGUAGGUGCAGAUCUUAACUUGACUUGCAUAGCGUGGCCAAGGUAUGUAGACUGGCUUUAUCCAAGGAGAUGGACCAAGUAUAUUCAGUGGUAUGAUCCUCAGGGUAGACCAGCUGGAGCCAAAUGCCUGCAGGGUACAUCAAUAGUCAAAAAGCUACGCUGCACAUUAAUGCUGAAGAGGUUGACUAUGGAACAGUUUGGAAACUACACUUGUGAGGCUCAGAAUGAUUAUGAGAGAUAUUGCAGGCAAAAAGUUGUCGAAAUUGAGCUGCAAGGUAGGCGAAAAAUAUAA